UAGGUAAAGGCGGAAGUGCCAAGGAGUAAUGUGGAGGGCAGGCAUGGCAGAGGAGAUAGGGAGAGCUUUGCAGUCAGUACGGGAGAGGGUGCAAAAUGCUGCCGCCAGGAGAGCUAAGAGUCUUCCACAGCGAGAGCCCAGAUUAGUAGCUGUAAGUAAAACGAAGCCGGCAGAAAUGGUGAUCGAGGCUUACUGUCAUGGGCAGCGCUAUUUCGGGGAGAACUAUGUUCAAGAACUAGUCGAGAAGGCUUUAGAUGCACAUAUUUUGUCUUCAUGUCCUGAGAUCAAAUGGCAUUUCAUCGGACAUUUGCAAAAAGCCCACAUCAAUAAGCUUGUUGCUCUCCCAAACCUCUAUAUGUUGGAAACUGUAGACUCCAUAAAACUUGCUGACAAAGUAAAUAGCUCAUGGCAGAAGAAGGGACAAUCAGAGAGGUUAAAAGUCAUGGUGCAAGUUAACACAAGCAGCGAGGAAAGCAAACAUGGCCUCCCUCCUGGUGAAACGGUGUCAGUGGUGAAACAUAUCAAUGAAAAAUGUCCUAGUCUGGAAUUUGUUGGACUGAUGACCAUUGGAAGCUUUGGAUAUGACACUAAAGAUGGACCUAACCCCGAUUUCCAGUUGUUGCUGACUCAGCGUAAAGAGGUGUGUGAGAAGCUUGGACUCCAGGUGGAUUCUGUGGAGCUCAGUAUGGGAAUGUCCAUGGACUUUGAGCAUGCUAUUGAAGUUGGCUCCACAAACAUCCGUAUUGGCAGCACUAUUUUUGGGGAACGAAAUUACAUCAAACCUAAAAAAGAAGAUCCGAAUGUAACUGCCACACAGGACAAAUUAGGAAGCCUGACAGUGCAGGAAUAAGGAUCAGUAGUGGAGAGUAUUAGCCAUGGUAGUAAUGCAGAGGAAGCCACAUUGACCUCUUACAUUUUUCCUUACCAAAGAGGUUGGCAACCUACUAUAGUGACGUUUGUGUAAUGCUCUGAUUUAUAAUAAACACUUUCACUAUGAGAAGAAUGUGCAGUAUGUUCUACCCAGCAGCCCAAGGGUUAAAGCAGCCAAAUAAUUUUGGAUUUUGGCCCCUUUAUUCCAUUUGAGCACCUCACUGAAAUAUUCUCUUCAAGAGUUCAUCAUUUGCUGCUCCGUUAAAUUCAAAAUUGCAUCAUUAUGUCCUUUAUCAUUUCUCUUCUCAUGCGAUCUCUCUGUGCAAAGACCAUGCAACCAUAUGGUAUCCACCCAACAAAGAAAAAAGCCUGAAUCUAAUUCAUAGAUAAAAUAAAGAAAAUACUGUAUUUAAACAUAAUAUCUAAGGUAUAAACUGUUGGUACCGGAUUGGCAAAUUCUUAAACACACUGCUUAACAAAAAGGACAAAAAUCUAUAUGAAUUUGUAUGCCAUUAGAACAAUUAUAGCUAUUUUAUGCCUUCAAUAAUAAUAAUGUCUGCAGCCAUUAAACUAAAUAUCUGUGUUACUAACAUGCUCCUAAGGCCAAACUUUAUUUAAUGUUGUGUUUUUAUGUUCCUUGUGCACAAUAAUGAAUGUGACAAACCUGAUGCACUGCUAUGUGAAGAAAUAAAAGUGUAUUCUGGGAACAUAAGUGACUACAGCAUUUUUUCCACACAAUGCCUUUUAUUACUUAAUAAUGUAUAUACUGUUAUCAACUGAGACAGAACUGCCUCUUUGUGACCCUUAUUAGUAAUAAAUGAACUACCACUGUUUUCACAGUAAGUGGAACAAGCAGUUUAUUGUCAGCAGAUCACAUCCCUUCUGUUAUGGGCUUUUCUCUCAAAGAGGCCAUGACUCCCAAUUAGUCGCACACCCACUGUCAGAGAUUUGUUGUUACAAGUGCGUCCACGCAAAGGAAGGGAAGUGCAAUCUCAAAAGCUGUCUCAUGGUGGCACUGUUCAGCUGAAGAAGCUUUAACCGUGAGUCUGAAUUCAAACUUCAAGUUCUUUAUUACUGGCACCUCCUAUACACAAGGCUGCUAUUCUGGUACUGAAAUUGUACACGUUAGCUUACUUUUAAGUGAAUUUAAAAUAGUGAAAAACUUUACUGAUCUGUGUUCUAUAAUAGAAUUAUCAACAAAAACUAUGUAAUAAAAAAGUUAUUAAAUUUCACUUGGCUUCAACA